UACCGCCCGCAAAAGCGAAACUAACAACAACAAAUCGAAAACAAGAACAACAAAUGCCACACGUCUGGUCAACAAUUAAACAAUUUUUUUUCGUGUGAGAAUAAAUUGAUACAACGAGAAUAAUAUCAGUUAUUAAUCCCACCUGCAAAACAAAAAUAAAACCCACAAACGGACAAACAAAUUCGCUUAAAAUACAGCUUAAAGCGGCUUAUGUGCAGUUGUUUACAAACACACAAAUAAAUUUCAAAAAGUGUCGAUUUAAUUACCAAGCCAAACAGAAAGUUGUUGAUUAAAAAAGAGUCUAACUGAAGAUGAGUCUUCUCUUGUAACUGUUUUGAAUUCUUUUUCUUCCAGCAAUUUACCCAACAAACACCAAAAUUAAAACUGCAACCUCCACCGAAGCUAAACAAACAAAAAAAAACUUAAACUGCAAAAAAGAGCUAAAAAUUACAGCAGCUAAAUAAAAAAAAACCAUCAUCGAGAAACAAAAACUUUUCAACAAACAUUACGUUCUACGAAAAGCCAACAACAAACAGCAACAACAACUCUUGCAACAAGCAACCAUCACAGUCAAGAAGUAACAGAAACAGCAACAACUACCGCUCCACAUCACAACUGUAAAGUGCCGCGAUUACAACAACAAAGCUCCUCAACUCCCACUCGCCAGCGCUCUUUCUCCGCUCUCUCUCUCUGUGUGUCGCUCUCUCUCACCUGAACAAACGUGUCGCUGUCUGUGUAAGCGUCGUGCUUUCGUACUGUGCGUGUGUGUUUGUGUGCGUGUAUUGGCCGUGCCGUGCGUAAUUCGUGUGCAGGUGUGCGUGAGAGCCAGAGUCAGCAAGAGAGAGAGCGUGUGCGUUGUUGUUGUAUGCUAUGUCAGGGAGCGGGGGCAUCAAUACGCUCCUUCGGGCGGCUUACUUUAUCGAGCAGAAUGAGAAGCUCCCGCAGGCGGGAGGCGGCAACGGUGUCGUCGGAGUGGGCGUGGCCCUGCCCCAGCAUCUGCCGCAACAGCCGACGCUGCACUGCUCUCUAACCAACGGAAAAACAAUUUCCAUCAUCAACAACAACAACAAUAACAAUAGCACCAACAUCAACAACAACAACAGCACGAGUCAGCUGAAUAGGAACAGCAGCAGCAGCAGCAGCAGUAACGGUAUUAUUGCCGCCACACCAUCAUCGCUAACGAACGGAAAUGGAAGUGGAAGUGGAAGUGGCAGCAACGGGAUCGGGGUAGUAGGGAUCUUCGGCAACGUAAACGGUCUAACCAAUGGCCACUGCAGCACGCGCAGCGCUUUGACCGGCGGCGUGGCAGAGGAGUACGUCAUCGGUGGCAGCGCUGCCACCAACGGGCACACCGAAGGUCGCACCAUCAUCUCGGAGGACGAUAGCUCCUCGAGCAACAGAACCAUCCACCACCCCCCGCAACAUGCAACAGGCAGAGCAGCGGCCGCAGCGGCAACAACAGCAGGGGCAGGAGCAGGAGCAGGAGCAGGUGCUGGAGCAAGGGCAGGAGGAGGAACUGGAAGCAAUUCCCCAAGCUCUUCCGGCACUGCCUCGCCCUCCUCCUCCGCCUCAGCAUGUCCGCCGUCGCCCCUUGUGAUCGGUUCCCCUUUCUUGAUAGCUGCGGCAGUUGAGUCCGCAGCCGCAGAGGCAGGGACAGGGGCAGGGGCAGUGGCAGUGGCAGGGACAGGGGCAGCUACACGUGCAACAUCCGCCACCGCAAAUGUGCCAGCUUCGACCACUCAGAAGCACAAACUGGCCACCCUGGUGGAGAUACCGGAAAAGUAUCUCCACCUGCACCUGAACGAUGAUGUCAAGUCCAGAUAUCACGCCGGCAUGGAGAGAUUCGACCAGUGCUGGUCGGCCGCCUCGCAGCCGCGGCAGCACUUGGGCCUGGGAAAGUCGAGCAUCACCCUCACCCCGCCCCCGAUGCCCACGCGGAAAGUGGGCGACACGCGCACCCGCUCCUACUCACUCUCCUCCCAUAAAUUUUCAGCUCCUGGCCACCAGCAGGAGGCGCACCACUUUCAGGCCGGCCACCUGGGCGCCUACGUCCGGAGCGGCAGUGGCGGCGCCAGCACCGCCCUGCCCUACCGCCCGAUGAUCAACGUCCACACGAUCGCCGCCGCCACCGCUGCGGCCGCCGGGGCGGGAGCGAUACCGGGCGCCGGAGUGGGAGCAGUUACUGGUCCCGCCGCCAUCAACGUCGCCUCCUCCGCCCCCGCCGGCUCCCAGCUGACCGCCCACACUCAACCCGCCCACUUGGGACGAAGGCGCACCACCAGUUCCAACAGCAAUGGAGCUGGCACUCGGGAAGUGCACAACAAGCUGGAGAAGAACCGUCGUGCCCAGUUAAAGGAGUGCUACGACCAGCUGAAGAAGGAGCUUCCCAUGAAGGACGAGGACCGCAAGAAGACCUCCAACUUGAUUAUACUCGACACGGCCCACAAAUAUGUCAAGCAAUUGACGGCGCGUAAUCGCGAACAAGAGGCGGAGGUGGAGCUUUUGGCGAAGCAGAAAAUCGAGCUGCAGAAGCGACUGAGCGACAUCAGCAAGCGACUCAACCUUCAGAGGGACACGCCAACCGACCAGCAGCAGCAGCAGCAGCAGCAACAGAGCAUUCCACAAACCGACAAAGCCGUUUGCCUGGCCACCAACGCCACAUCCACAUCCACAUCCACGCCCACCACCACCGGAGCAGGAGCAGGAGCAGCCGGCGCCGCAGGACCACAGCAUCUGACAACAGCAUCCAGUGGUCGCAACGGCACCACCACCAUCCUGUUCGAGGCAGCCACCGUCUGUGCCACUGGGCUAACAACUGUGAUAAACAAAACGAAUGCAACACCAGCCAGCAACAUCAGUGCCGCAGCGAACGGCAACGGCAGCAGUAAACACACUGGAGCUGCCGCAACCGCCGCCCUGACCCCGGCCAUCGGGUUCAUGACACUCAAGAGUGGCAACGGCAACAGCUUACUGGCAAUCUCACCAACGGCUAUCCAGCAGCAGGCCCAGCAACUGCAACUGCAGCAGCAGCAGCAGCAGCAACAUCAUCACAGCAGCCCAGCGGGCAGUCCAAGCAGCAACGGUGCCGCAGGAGGCGGGACAGGAGCCGGAGCUGGAGUGGUCGGUGCCACCAUUACGAGGGGAUCGCCCACUCCGUCAACGCCCUCGCCGUCACCGAGCUCCUCGUCGAGCGGCGUCUCCUCGUCGGCCUCGUUCAUUGGCUCGUCGUCCUCCUCCUCCUCAUCGUCCUCCUCGUCGUCCUCCUCAUCGUCGUCGUCCAGCUCGUCGUCCAGUUCGUCCUCGCCCACGCAGCAAACCCCCACGGCAACGGCCACCGCCCAUCUGGUGGGUGGUCGGAGUGUGAACCUCAAGUUCCAUGGUGGGGCAGGUGGCGGAGCCACGUCACUGAAUGGCGGAGCCACCAUAGUGGCAGCGGCAGUGCCCACCGCAGGUGGACCAGCGAAUGGCUUCCAUCAAACGGACAAGGAUCGCAACUACAAUUUCCUGAUGCUUAGUGCUGGAACAACCGCGCAGUAACACCACAACACACACCACCACAGAGAAAGGGUUUAAAAAACAACAAUAAAUGAAAAACAACAACAACUGAAAUGUGUGCAACAGCUCCCACCUUAUAAGAUGUAAUAACAACAACAACAACAACUAGAACAACUACAACACAUUUUUUUUUUUUACAAAAAAAAAAACAAACUAAAACUAAAAAACUAGAAAGAAUGAAAACUGAAAGAAACGUAAUGAUUUUUGCGUGUUUUUUACUCUUCGCACACAACAACAACAACAACAACAGCAAAGCAAACAAACAACAACCACCCUGAAAGCUGUCAUUCUUGCAUAAUAUUUCAACAACAACAAACAGUUCCGCCCAACACAUUAGCAUCGAUUUUGAAAAUCAAAAAAAAAAAAACCAAAGGAGAGCAAGAUUAUUUUUUAAAAAAAUCAUUGUUUUUUAAGAAAAGGCAGCAACAACAGCACGGAAGGGAAAUCAGUUACCAAAAGUGGUAUAAGAAAUAAAACAACACCAACAAUAAACAACAAACAGAAGACCAACAACAACAACAACAAUAAGUAUCAGAAUCAGAAGCAAUAAGUGAGCUGCAAAAAAUAUUCAACAACAAAAUCAACAACAAAAUGUCAACCAUGUUCAACAACAACAGCAACAACAACAACAACAACAACAACAACAACAACAACAACAACAACAACAACAACAGCAACAGCAACAGCAACAACAACAACAACAAACACCAAUAGUAACAGUAACGGCAUACAAAUCCCAACAACAUGUAGCUUUUUUAAUCCACGAAACAUCAACAACAACCAACAACCAACAACCAACAAGCAACAAAAACACCAAGAACCCAUAUAUAUAUAUAUAUAUGUUUAGAAGAGCAUAUACACGUAUACCUAUAUCUAAUUGUACUACUUUAUAGAGAAGAAAUAGAUCUAUCAGAAAACAAAAACACCAAGCAACAUUUCAAAACCGUAUAAGAGUGGCACACCUAAAAACAACAACAAAUACAAAUACAAAAACAAAAACAAAAACAAAAACCAACAAAAAACUAAAAAACCGAAAGCUAGUAAAAAAAAACCGAUUAAAAAAAAACAAAAGCAUAUAUAGAAAAAAAUAUAAAGAAAAAAAGAAAAAAAAACCAAAAUGCGCUGUUGUAACAGAAACCACCAAUGGGUAACGCUUUAUAAAUAUAUACACAUACACAUAUAUAUAUAUAUAUAUAUAUAUAUGAAUAAAUAUAUAUAUAUAACUAUUAUAUAUAUAUAUACCUAAAAAGAAAGUCAAGCAGAAUAUAAUUAACAGAAUAUGUCAGAUGUAAAACACAAGUAAGAACAAUUUCCGUAAUCAGUGUGGCGAGUAGUUAACUUUCUGAAGUCAGUAAUCUGAUAACUAGAGUCUGUAAUAACUGAUUUUCUCGACCAAACUAAAGAACCGAACCAGAAACCUUAGCAAUAAUGGCGAAACGAUAACGAUAACGAUAACUAUUCUAAAUUUUCUCAAGCCCGUCUCUAUUUUCAAAUCUAUCGAUUUAGAAAAAAAAACCGAAAACAUGAAAGCAGAAAUCAAAUUAGAGUGUUUGUGUGUAUGUAUGUAUGCGUGUGUAGCCCAGCAUUAAUCAUAGAAAUAUUGAAUAGAAAUAUAUAUAUAAUAUUAUUAAUAUAAAAUUGAAGAGAGAGCAUGAACGAGAGCGAGAUGGGAGGAUGCGGAGUGCGAGCGAGACGGCGAGUCGGGAGUCGGCGAGAGUGUUGUAUCUGUAUCUGUAUCUGUAUCUGUGUAAUACCCAUUUGAAUUAGAAACUAAACGUAGAGAGCUAAAUGUGUAGCAGAAAUUUGUGUAAUAGUGCAAUAAGCUAACAUGUGUAAACCCUCAACCCUCAACCCUCAACAUUUGUUAAAGAAUUUAAUCGAUAAUUGAUGGCAUCUUUUUUUUCGCCCCCUAUAUCUGUAUCUGAAUCUGUUUUUAAUUUGUUGUUCGGUGGAAAGAGACACACACACACAUACAUUGUAUAGUCGAUAGUGCGUUUUAUGGCAAAAAAAAAAAGCAGCUUCUAAAGUUUUUAAUUUAUUCUUGCCGCCUUAUUGCCAUUGACCGCACUGUAUCGUCAAGAGAGUACGGCAGAAGAACGCAAAUCCUAAACCAGCCCAAAAACAUUUGAUACAAACAUUAUAAACUGUUUAAAAGAAAAGCUUACAAAAAUAUUUAUAUACAAAAAAUAGCAUAGAAUAGAGGAAAACGAGUAUAAGCUAACAACAAAAAUAAUAAUAUAAGCGAAGAGGAGGGAAAUCUAGCAAAAAUCAGCAGAACAACAAGAAACAAAAACUAAAUGUUAUAUUUUGGAGCAUUUUUUUCAAUGUGUAUGUGUUAGAGUAUAUAUACAUAUAUAUAUAUAUAUAGCCCUAGAUAAAAUCGGAGGAAGGAGAACGGGGAAGGACGAAGAACGAUGGAGGAGGAGGUGGAGAAUUGAUAAAAGUAUUAGCAAAAGAUAUCUCUUGAACAAUAAUGGAAAUGACAGACAGCGAGGAGAAUGCAAAGGGGGGCAGAGAUUUCUUGUCCCAAAAAAGAAAAGAAUUGGUAAUUAGAAGUCUUUAUUUUUUUUUUUUUUUUUUUUUACAUAAAUCGGGGUAAUGAACAUAAAGCUAUAUAUCAUCUAUCUAAAUAUAUAUAUGUAUACACGAACUAAAAGGAGUAGGAGGCGAUAAAAUAGGGAAAUGAUAGAACAGAGCGUGAAAUUUUCUAUAUAUUUUGUAAAUACUUUAAAGCGACCGGAAACGGAAACGGAGACGGACACGGAAGAGGGAACAGAAGCAGAAGCAGAAAUACUGUCAAGUAAAAACCAAUUUGUUGCGUUUUCGAUUCUUCUUCGUUUGUAGAAGAGUGUUUCCAAGAACAGAAGAGAACAGAUUUAAUUUUUUUAGAGCGAUUUUUCCACCAAAUGGACAGAAAAUCUAAAAUUAUUUUCACACAAGAGAGUUUUACACAAAAAACCGAAAAAGCAAAAAAAAAAAUAAAUUCAAAAACUAAAAAUGUUUGCAAUGCAAAAUGAAAAAAAAAAAAACACACACACACAUUGAAAAUCGAAAUCUAAUGAACUUAAAUGAAAAAAUGUAGAAUUAUUAUGGAUUGUCUGUGUAAAUGUGUUUGAAUGUCAAAUUCUGUAGCGAAGUAAGAGUCAGUCGAGGCGAGAAAUGCAACUUUGGUGUAUAGAAGAGUAUAUAUAUUUAUAUAUGCAUAUGAUCCAGCCCUGUCUGUCACUUGAUUUUGUUACUAACCAUAAAAGCAAAUGUAAAAAAAAUAUAAUACGAGAACGGAAAGCAAGCACUUUUGAAGAAAUAACAUUAACUCUUAAUUAGGUUCUAUGUUUUUUAAUUUAUGUUAUUUUUUUUUUCAUUGUAUUAAUUGUGAAAAUCACUUUUUGUUUUUCGAACUUUUUUUUAAACGCUAUCGUAAGUAGGCAAGUAUCGAGAAUUGAACAUAAUACUUUUUUUUUUUUUUGUGUAAUUUGUACUAAACAAGCAAAACAAAAAACAACAACAGAACGAUUUCAUUUUAGAAAUUUAAGCUUAACUUAACUAAUUCUUAAUUUUUAAAUCAAUUCUUUCUUUAAGUUGAAAACAAAUCGGGAGUAUUGCAAAUUAUAAUUAAAAUUAAAUAUACAAAACAAAACAAAACAACAACAACAACAACAACAAACAAACAAAAAACAAAAACAACAAAAGAGAAAACUCAACAAAAAAAUUAUAUUUAUAGAGAAGCAGACAACAACACAACCAGAAAAGAUUAUAACAAACAAAAUACAAAAAAAAAACAAAAAAAAACACAAACAAUUUCAAACAAACAAAAAAAAAAACAACCAACAAGAUGAAAAACGAGAGAAAACCUUUUUAGAUGUAAAUGUAACUGUAAAACUAAUUUUAAAGAACGAUGCAAAUAAAAGUAAAAGUAAAAAAUCAACAGAAUCGGAAGAUUAUGGCAAGAUAUAAGAAAGGCAUAAAAGUAUAUAUGACGAAUGAGAUAUAUAUUAUAUAAAUGUAAAUGUGUAAAGAAAACUUAAAAAUGCGACAAAAAAAAUAAAAAAAAGAAAUUUCAAAGCAAGAUA